AUGCUCCAGGUUGUGUUGAACAAGGUCAACUCCCACCGGAAGGCCGCCGUGGCGGUGCUUUCGGCCAUGGUGUUGGUGAAUUUGAUCAUUGUCUCCUCGUCCAACUACUUUGGCCAGGUGAUUGAAAUGCCUGAGUUUCUCCAGGGUCUGUUUGAGAACCGUUUGGGCGUUUUGUUCCAGAGAGUCCGUGGCAACCCCCAGAAAUACUGGCUUUCCGAUUCGAAGCUUCAGUACUUGGACGCUGAGGUGCCUCUUGAGCAUGUCAUGCCUACAGAGAAGAGCCGUUCCGAUAGCACCCUUUGGUUUGAUCCCAGGUUUACGCUUUCCAUCUACUUGAACGAGUUGAUCCAGAAUGACGGCAAACAGGAGAUGCCGCUGUACCCGUUCCAUUGGUCGGACUGGAUCGAUCUUACCGGUAUGAAUAAGUACUUUGUGGAUCAGACUAGAAUGACAUGCAACCUGCUCAAGUCUCGUAUCAAGGGCAGACCCGACGUCAGCUACUUUUGCAAGGAUAAGCACGAAUUGUCCAGCGAAGAGAUUGAAAGAAUGGGCUGGACCUCUUUGGAACAGGUUCCUGACGCUGUGGUGUUUGGCCAUUGCAGACAUGACCAUAAUACCUAUAACGACCACCGUUCGUAUAUGGCCAAGUCGUAUGCUUUGACUAACCUUGCUAAACCUUUGAAGGUUAUCAUUUUGAAUAAGAACUCUGGCACUUACGAGUUUUACGUUGACCAGAAACAGGGUCCUUCGCAAAGACUCAAGAACUCCGGCUUGGUGGACCGUUUCAUCCGCCAGGCUUUGGGAACAACUCCUUCGGCCAUCAAGAAGGCUGGUUCUACAUUCACUGUCAACCACUUGAAGCUUUAUAACAAGUUGCUUGGUAAGGUUCAGCCUAAGAUGUUGCCUGAAGACGAUGAUCCAUAUGGAGUCUAUGCCAAUGUCCACAACAAGAAGGGCGAUUUGGCUUUGAAUGCUGAGAUUUUCCACUACGACAGAUCUUCCGUGGACGACCAGAUCAGACAAUACGAGGGCAGAAGCAACCUCUCCCUCAUGGAGCAGAACUACCUUGCUGGUCUCCGUGAAUGUGCCCCAUACGACGAUAAGACCGAGCUCACCUACUUUAGAGAGCCUACCCUUAAUAUCAAGGAGUACCGUAAUAAGGACAACGAUUGGGGCUGGCAUUAUGACUGGAGGUUCUUCACCGAUGCUCUUAUGUACGACAAGGAAGGUUGGACUAGAGCUGAACGUACCGUGAGAACCAACAUCAUUUUAGAACGUUUGUUGCGUAACUGGAGUCGUUUCGUUGAGGAGAAGGGCCUUGUUUCUUGGAUUGAGCACGGUCCUUUGUUGUCCUGGUACUGGGACGGUCUUAUGUUCCCUUACGAUAACGAUAUUGAUGUGCAGAUGCCUGUCAUGGAGUUGUUGAGAUUGUCUAGAGACUACAACCAGACCUUGGUUCUUGAAGACCCAAGCGAAGGUUAUGGAAAGUUUUUGAUUGACAUUGGUACUUACGUCCACAACCGUGGUAUUUCAGAAAAGGAGAACCACAUUGACGGAAGAUUCAUUGAUGUCGACUCCGGUAUCUACAUUGACAUUACGGGUCUUGCCAAGUCCGAAGCCAAGCUUCCUCAGGAGUACAAAGACAAUCCAAUUGUGGAGAAGCUGGACGGAGACUUGGAGGCAGAGGUGUACAACGAUAGAAGAAAGCAUUUCUACACGCUUGAACAGCUCCAACCAUUACACUACUCCAUGUUGAGUGGAGUGCCAGUUUUCAUUCCUCAGCAGAUUGAGAACCGGUUGAAAUUUGCAUACCCUAAGGGUUUGGAUAACUUUGAGUUUAAUGGCUGGAUCUUUGUGCCCAGCAUUGGCUUGUGGGUUACCAAAGAAAAGGUGUUGGACGUUUUGGAGAAGAGUGAAUACACCAAGGAAGGUAAGGAGGAGAGAGAGCUUCUAAUCGAGGCCACCAGAAACCUUUCUGAGGAACAGAUCUUGAAACUUCUACAGGACGACGAUACGCUAGUGGAGUACUUCCUCACAAGGGACUACACUGCUUUCCACAAUGAAGAGAUGGAGUUUUUGUUUGACAAGAACGGAAAGGAUAGCAAGAAGCUCAAGGUUGCCUCUGUCCGCAACAGAUACAUGGAGUUGACCAAGAACAUCAACAUGAGAAGCCCCAUGUGGAAGUGUCUUUUCGAGUAUGAAAAGUACGACAGAGUAAAGCACCAGACGGAAACUAACUAA